AUCCCGGGCGAAGAGAAACACGCCUCCUGGGUCAAUCAGACAAGCUGUCAAACAGUUGAAUAAAGCUCAGUUUUUCUUAUAUCGUUGCUAUUUUCCGCUGUUUAAAGGACUAAUUCAACACUGGCUCAUUUCAGGAGGCUUCGUUUUCCAUCCUUGACCCUCUUUGCAUCGGUCAGAGGAAGAUGCUUCUUCGGACAUUGCUGACUAGACUGGGAGCCCAGCAGCUCGCUGGGGGCAAACCAGCAUGUAUUGUUGCUUCAGCCCCUCUCACCCAACGUUUAAAGCCCACUGGUAAUACCUCCACCCCCAGGAUUCAGCCCUGGUCAUCUACAGUCACAAAGAAGUUUUGUUUAAAUACACUUCACCAGCAGCAGAUGCAUAAAUCUGUGGGGCGAUUUAAAAAUGAUCGUCUUCCUCUUUUCACAUAUGAUCAGGGACGUUUUUAUUCAACUAACAUUGUAAAGUCAGUCCUUAAGCCGACAUUAAAACCAGCUGUGGUGCCUGCUAAAGGAAAAAGGCUUCCUAAAGGACCGCGAACCAAGCAGCCUUCUCGGGCAAACCAGCCUUCUAUGAAAGAGGAUGAGGAUAUGAUGCAAUGCAUUGCCUUUGCAACAGCUGACCAGUAUCAUUUACCAACACUUAGCCAUGACUUGGUGAACCACGGCUUUCAAGAAAUAGAUUUACCAAGAGAUGCGUCAAAUGUCUUGGUGAUAAGCACCGAAAAUGUUGCUAAACCAGACGACGAUGCUCUUAUCUUCUUCUUCAGAGAAGGAUCAGUGGUUUUCUGGAAUGUUGAGGAGAAAGAGAUGAAAAAGGUUUUACGAUUAUUGGAGCAUCAUGAGAUCCAGCCCUAUGAAGUUGCUUUAGUCCACUGGGAAAACGAGGAGAUUAACUACACCGUGGGAGAAGGAAACACGAAACUUGAAAGAGGCAAUUUCAUUCUUAGUUACGAAAUGGAUCAACAUGAGGCGGUUCUGGAGAAAUUUGCUUUUUCAAAUGCCCUCUGUCUGUCUGUAAAGUUGGCGAUAUGGGAGGUGGCUUUGGACAACUUUGUAGAGUCAAUUCAGUCAAUUCCAGAGACCCUGAAGUCUGGCAGAAGAGUCAAGCUUUCUUCUGCUGAAGUUAUGCAGAAGAUCGGAGAACUUUUCACAUUAAGGCACUGCAUCAACCUGAGGUCCGACCUGCUGCUCACUCCUGAUUUCUACUGGGACCGAGAGAACUUAGAAAAGCUCUAUGACAAGACAUGCCAGUUCCUGAGCAUCAACCGCAGAGUUAACGUUGUGAACGAGAAGCUGGAACAUUGUACACAGCUGACUGACCUGAUGAGGAGCCACCUGAGUGAAAAGCACAGCUUGAGAUUAGAGUGGAUGAUAGUCAUCCUCAUUACCAUAGAGGUGAUGUUUGAACUUGCAAAGAUGAUCUUCUAAUCUGCUGAUCCAAGAAAGCACAAAUCAGUAAAUGGCAUUAGACACUGCAUAAGAGAAUGCUGAACUUUAUUGAGGUGCUCGUUCACUGCAAUGUCACAGUGAGUCGCUGAAGCAGCUGCAAAAUGUGAAGGGGACCGGAUUAGUUUGAGUUUUUUUACUCCUUCAUUGAAAGAGGGAACAGUUUUCAGGCGCACAAUAUAUAGAGAUUUAUCUUUCUGUCCAAUUUCAUGGCUGCUUAGUGUUUUAACAUGAUUGCACUGGUUAAAUAUGGGAUUGUUUAAUGUUUAUUUUGCUGAGUUUGUGUAUUUAGAUUUUUCAGCAUUUUUAUUUUAUCUUCAGAGCAUCAUGAGGUCAUACCUAGCGUUAUUCAUGUGACUUAAUUCAUGCCAAAAUAAAAUUGCCUACACAAAUGUAUCAGUGCUUAUUUAGUCCUAAUCACAAAGUGUGAUUGCUGAGGUUUUUCUUCAGUUGUUUUCCUUUAGAUUUAUAUAAUAAAAAAACCCUUCAUUAUUUUUUAAACUGACAGCUGAAUAAUAAACAAUGACAAAGCACAAACAAUUUAAAAACAAUACAGGAGAUCUGGUAUAUAUUCAGGUCUUAUUUUAUUUAAUUAAAACAAUGUUUUAAUAAUAAAUCUUGGUAAUAUAUGAAUAAAGGCAUCUCAUGGUUCUGUUUUACAUCUUGCCACUCUUGACAUGAGAGGAAUUACUUUAAAAUCAGGAGAAAUUGAAUAAAAAGAAAACUAAUCAACUGCAUGUUUUCUUCAGUUUUAAUACAGACCUGAUUAUAU